AUGAAUUAUGUUAUACAGGACUUAGAGUGUGUCAGAAAGGCGGCUCUUUCUAGAACAAAUUCUAUAAACACCAGCAAGCUCACGAAGAAAAUGAAGUACGAUGUUUUAGUGCAGAUAAUAGAAGAUGCCUUAUCUAAAGUGCACUGCAAAUAUGCGCUUGACUUGACAAAUGCUAUCGUGUGCAAUACUCCAGUUAACAGCGAAAUGCAUGUGGAGCUAACAAAAACACUAGAGCUAUUUAAAAAAACCAAAAAAGAGAUUUCUAAAACAAUCAAAAGAUCCAAAGUUGAUCCAAUAACUGAGGAAUACAUAAGCCAUGUGCUGCGCGUGCUGGAAUAUAAUGUAGAAUAA